AUGUUGCUCAGAAUAUUUCUUCUUGUUCUCAUCAUUUGUUCAAUUUUUGUUCAGUGUGAGCUUGACUGGCAGACUGAAACAGAAGUCUCCGAGAACGAAGUCGCCGAUCCAGUGCUCUAUCAUCCAAAAAUGAAUGUCUACGCGAAUAAUUUGUUCUGGGAAAACUCCGAAGAAGUUGAGCCAAUUCCAAUGAACACCAAGGGUUUCCUCUUCAACAAUAAAACC